AUGAAUGAAGGUGAUUUUAAUGAUCCUGCAUUAGCAUUUUAUGGUAAUGUACCAAUUGAAUUGUUAAUGUAAAAUUAAGAGAAGUUAAAUGAUUUAAAUGAUGAUAUUGAGUUUUAAAAUUAUAAGUAAAUAGCAAUAAGAGCUAAUGAGAAAUUUCGUAAGACAAGAGGAUCGGCUAAGAAAGUUAAAACAAAUAUAGAUACCAGUUUAGUUCAUCCUUUAUUUAAAGAUAAGAUUUAAGUCGAAGAAGAUACAAAAGAUAUGUUAAAUUAGAUAAAGAAUUUUAAAUCUAGUUAGAGUGUUAUAGAAAUAAAGAAAUUUGAAUAAAAUUCAAAAUCAUAUCCUUUUAUGAAGGCUGUUUUUCAUUUGAAGGAUGUAUAAAAAAGAAAGCUAUUCCUAAGAUUGAAUUAAAGAAAUAAAAAAAUCAUUAAAUAUAGAAAAUUUUAUGGAUUAAAAAUUCUUUAUUCCUACAUAAAGGGAUCCGACAAAAAGCUCAGAAUUUGA